CACAUGAUCAUAACAUCAUCACAGGUGUUUUACCUUCUCCAGCAGCACAGCCUGGAGUCUGACUCCUCCCACACAUGAUCACAUGGUCACGACAUCACAGGUCUUUUACCUUCUCCAGCAGCACAGUCUAGAGCCUGAAUCCUCCCACACAUGGUCAUGACAUCAUGAAAGGUCCUAGACCACUUGGUCUUUCCCGUCUCUAUAGCUGUGGUGUCCAGCGGUGCAGGUGGAGGUUCCUACAAUAUAGGAUCCGCUCCGUGGACCUCUUCUAUAUAAGACCCUUCUCCUGAUUGACCCAUCAAGGAUGGAUAGGAACAGGGACAAGAUGGCGGAGAGUAUAAUAAAUCUUACCCUAGAGAUCCUCUUCUGGAUUACUGGAGAGGACUACACACUAGUGAAGAAGACCUCUAGUGAGCGCUGUCAGGCCCCUGUGUCUGAAGGAUGGGGGAGAACCCUGAUCCCAAUCACAAAGCCUCCACCUCACCCCUUGAUACAUGAGGAAAUCAAUAGAGAGAAGAUCCUAGAACUCGCCAACAAGAUGAUUGAGCUGUUGACUGGAGAGGUUCCUAUAAGGUGUCAGGAUGUCACGGUCUAUUUAUCCGUGGAGGAGUGGGAGAAUUAA